GGCCUCGCACCGUUAAAAUCCCCAACCGUGUCUCAGAAAAAAGGUUAAAAUCCCGAACCCAAAUCGGCCGCCGCCGAGCCCUCGACCGUCGCCGGCGCAGCGGAGCCUUCCGCCGGAGCGCCUCGAACUCCUCCUCGUCCUCCUCCCCGUGCCAUCCUCCACCGGAUCGGCGCGGAUCGGGGACUCACGCGAAUCGACUCCUCCUGCAACGCAGUCGAGAUGUCGGAGUACCAGAACGUCGUCGGGGGGAAGCUCAAGCUGAAGGGGAAGCCGCUGGAUGUCAAGGAGGGCGGAGUCAAGAAGAAGAAUAAGAAGAAGCACCGCCGCGAGGAGUCCUCUCAAGGCGAGCACGGCGAGCCCCGCGAAGGUGGAAGCUCUGAAUUGCCAGGUGACCCUGACAAUGAGUUCAGUGAAGCUCACAAGCUGGGAGACGAAGGGAAUGCACAAGCUGAUUAUGACCACCUCACUCCAGCCGAGAGGCGUUACAUUGAACAGAAGCAGAAGAUCGACGUACACAAGCUGGCCAAGGUGGCCGACAAGUCGCACAGGGACCGAAUCCAGGACUUCAACCAGUACCUGGCAAAUCUUAGUGAGCACUAUGAUAUCCCAAAGGUCGGCCCUGGCUAAUUAAGGUUCGUACGAGUGUUCCAGUGUGCUGGACCUAUGCAUGCAGCUCGUCAAUUUCGCGUGUGUGCACACUGAAACAAUGGAUUGUGUUGUCUUCAGAGAAAAACUGAGUACCUCUGCACUUGUAAACUGAUUGCACUUUAUCUCUGUUUGAAGACCAUGGUUUAAUACUUAUUACAAGUGUUCUGAGUA